AUGCCGCCCAGAAAGCUUAUAACAGAAGACUUCCAGCCACUGAUUGCCGACCUAGUUGAAGAAGGCCUCACUAACGCUGAAAUACAAGUCGAACUAUCUACUCAUCACGAUCUUCAAUGCUCUCUCAGGAGUCUCACUCGUGCACGAACAGACUGGGGCCUACAAAGACUUCCAGACGAACACACCUAUGAGCUUUUCAAUGAUCUAAUCAGCUUCUAUCAUGGUCAAGGUAUGCGCGCCGAACAUAUCAUCAAUAUAAUCAAAGAGUGUCACGACUUCAACCUGUCCCCACGUACUCUUGCACGACGCUGUCAAGUCCUCGGCCUGCACCAAAAGCACGACGAUAUAGAUCUUGGAAAGGUUACUAUGGAAGAAGUAGCUGACCGGAUAUCGUCGUGUCCAUCAUAUCCUCAGAAACCAGCACGAUGUGUUUGUCCACAGCUCCCAACAAGUUGUUCACCCAACUAUUGUUACCUCGCUCCUGCAUCCAACAACGGUGUUGAAGGCCUAAUUCCAGUGACUUUGGAACAUGUUGAAGAAAUUCAAGCUCGACAUUAUCCAAACGCUGAUGAAAUCAGGACCACUUCUCCUCUAUGGCUCCGUGAGAUUUGUGCAUCAGCUCAAGAAGAACUUCAGAUCGACAUGGCUAACGUCACUAUGGAAAACAUCUGGACAGUUUUUCACAAAAUCCUUUUGUUUCUUCGAUCCUAUGAUUUAUUUCUUCUGGGAAUACCUGAGGGUGUUCCGCGUGCUGCUACAAAUCACGAAAAAGCUGUGGAAACUAUUCAAAAUCGGUUUGGACUCGUGUCGCGUGAUAAUUGA